AUGUUCAUGGCCUACGUGCCUCCGCCGAUCUAUCUUCCUAGACAACUAACAACCUCCAAGGGCAAGGUAGCCGAGCUUAGGCUCGAGCUCAACAGCGGCGGCAAGAAGGACAAGAACAAUGCGAACAAGAAGAUCGCCCUCAAGAAGAUUGUCGCCAACAUGACAAUGAGCAACAAUGACAUGGUUGCGCUGUUCCCCGACAUCAUCGGCUGCAUGCACAUUCAAAGUCUGGAGAUCAAGAAGAUGUGCUUCUUGUUCCUCGUCAACUACGCUAGAAUGCGCCCCGAAAUAGCAGUUCAGGCCAUCCCGGUGUUGGAGCAGGAUAUGGAAGACCACAACCCUCUCGUGAGAGCGCUUGCCCUACGAACGAUGUCUUACAUUCACGUCCGCGAAUUCGUCGAAGCGACAGUCCCUCUUGUCAAGCACAUGUUGAAGGAUGCGGAUCCAUACGUGAGGAAGACCGCGGCAUUCUGCGUCGCCAAGCUCUACGACCACGACCGGCGCAUGGUUGAGGCUUCCGACCUGAUCGACAGACUCAACACUCUGCUGAGAGACGAUAACCCUACUGUCGUUGCCAGUGCUCUGGCGUCCUUGAUGGACAUCUGGGAGCGCAGCGAUGCGAUCAAGCUCACUAUCGACUACAGCAACGCCUCCAAAAUGGUGGCUAUCCUGCCAGACUGCUCCGAAUGGGGUCAGACGUAUAUCCUCGAGGCCCUCAUGUCAUACGUACCCCAAGACGGCAACGAGGCCGUUCUGCUCGCUGAGCGUAUAUCGCCGCGUCUGUCUCACUCCAACUCGGCUGUUGUCCUCACCUGCAUCCGUGUCGUGCUCUAUCUCAUGAACUACAUUGCGGACCAGAGGCACAUCUCCGCGCUUUGCAAGAAGCUCUCACCACCGCUCGUAACUCUGCUCGCAAAGGGACCGGAGGUGCAGUACCUAGCGCUGAGAAACGCGCUUCUGAUCCUGCAGCGCCGGCCCGAAGUCUUGCGCAACGACAUUCGCGUGUUCUUCUGCAAGUACAACGACCCCAUCUACGUCAAGGUCACAAAACUGGAGCUCAUCUUCAUGCUGGCCAACGAGAACAACAUCGACGAGGUCCUCACGGAGCUGAGGGAGUACGCGACGGAGAUCGACGUGCACUUUGUGCGCAAAGCUGUGCGAGCCAUAGGCAAGCUCGCCAUCAAGAUCGAGCCGGCGGCGCGGCAGUGUAUCAACCUGCUUCUCGAGCUCGUCGCCACAAAGGUCACGUACAUCGUCCAGGAAGCCACGGUAGUGAUUAGGAACAUCUUCCGCAAAUACCCCAACCAGUACGAGUCCAUCAUCGGCACUCUCUGCGAGCAUCUCGACUCCCUGGACGAGCCGGAAGCGAAGGCCGCCAUGGUGUGGGUCAUUGGCCAGUACGCGGACAGAAUAGAGAACAGCGACGUGCUCCUCGAGGACUUUUUGUACUCGUUCGCGGAGGAGCCGGUCGAGGUCCAGCUGGCCCUGCUCACCGCGACCGUCAAGCUGUUCAUCCAGAGACCGACCAAGGGACAGGACCUGGUGCCGAGGGUGCUCAAGUGGGCGACCGAAGAGACGGACAACCCGGACCUCCGCGACCGCGCGUACAUGUACUGGCGCCUGCUGUCCACGGACAUAGACGCCGCGAGGAAGAUCGUCAUGGGCGAGAAGCCGGCCAUCACGGCUGAGUCGGAGCGCCUGGACCCCGCGACGCUGGAGGAGAUGUGCCUCAACGUCGGCACGCUCGCGACCGUCUACCUCAAGCCGGUGCAGACCGUCUUCCGCUCCGCCCGGCCGCGCAAGCUCCUCGACUCCCCCGCGCUGCAGAAGCACCUCCUCCCGACGUCCAUCGAGAACCAGAAGAGCCUCAGCAUGCUCGGCAUGGGCGGGCAGGCGCAGGACAUGACAAUGCACGGCCAACAUAUCCAGCAGCAGCAGCAGCAACAGCAGCAGGCCAACGGCGGCGAGGGCGGCAACAACCUCGCGCAGGCCGUCAGCGACGCCGACGCCUACUUCUCCAGCAUCGGGCCGCAGCAGAUGGCGGCCAUGCGGAUCGACCAGGGCGACGCGUUCGGUGACACGUCGGGCUACGAGACGGGGUACGUCGUCAACCAGCACGCGCCGCAGCAGAUUGUGCAGCCGGCGCAGGGAAGCAACGGGGAUCUGCUCGUGCUUACACUGUCGCGCCGACCGCAUGCAUUGAGCAAUUGCAUCGCUGCCUUCGACAUUUCACUACCACCCAUCAUCAUCACCAUCGCUGCCACUGUCGCCCGUUCAAUCAACCCGCAAGGAGACCGCAUUCCUCCCAGCGGCACAUCCUGCUUCGCCAUUCGUCAUCCAUCCGCGAUGACCGACGCCAAACCAUCCGACACGAAGCCAUCCGAAACCAACAUGAGCGGAGGACAAGCUGCCCAUAAGGAGGGCGAUGCCUCUCUGGCCGAGAACAAGGAUGCCGUCCCUAUGAAGAACCUCUCCACAGAUACCGAUGCCGCCGCAAACACAACGAAGCCGACCUCGUCGACACAGCCAGAAACCGCCUCCAAGUCAACACCCGAUGCCGCCGACGAUUCAAUCGAGCCCUCAGCCAAGGGAAAGGGGAAGGAAUCCACUGCGCAGUCCGUCGCCCAGAGCCAAGAUGACUCCUUGGCAAUUGGGCCCUCGGUUGAUGAUAUGCCGCAAGUCAGCAAUUCACCAAGCGACGGCCCUGUCUGCAACAUCACGCUUCUGUUAACAACCGGCGCGAGGCACCCCUACAAGUUGGAUGAGAAGUACUUGACUAAGAGGAACGUCAACGUCCCUGGAUUGACAGAGGCCGGCAAGAAGGACCCUUUCAGCAUCAGUGUCUACACAUUAAAGGAGCUGAUCCUGCGGGAGUGGCGCGAAGAGUGGGAUGCCAAACCAGCCAGCCCUAGCAGCAUACGGUUGAUCCAUUUUGGAAAGUUGUUGGAUGACAAGGACCAGCUCAAGCAGUAUCACUUUAGUGCAGAGACUGCAAAUGUCGUCCAUAUGACGGUUCGUCCUGCUGAUAUCGUCGAUGAGGAAGAGCCCAAGGGAGGCAAUAAGGCAGCUUCGGGCGGCAACCGGAACCGAGAAGGCGGCAGCGGAUGCUGUGUAAUCUUAUGA